AUCGCACUGUCCUGGAGAAGGGGCGGCGGCAGUAUAGUGAGGGGGCCGAGGCGUAGUGGUCCCCGGGGCUCCUGGUGGCAGGAGCGAGAACCUCCGGGGACGCGGAUGGCGCUUUGGGCUUCUUUCGGUGCAGCCACCGCCCUCCGCCCCCUCCUGAGGCCUGCAGAAACGUAGUUAGUUCGUACCUCCCAUUGCUUCCGCGCCAACUGGCCCCCCGGAACCGAGGGAGGAGUGGUCUAGGCCCCUUUAGUUCCCGUAGCUUUUUCUCACCCAGUCUUUCAGAUUGUUAGAGGCCCCCCCACAGCACCCCCCGGCAGGCUCCUGGCCCGGGCAAGCCCCAUCUCUUUCCACCACCAACCCCCGCCCCCCCACACACACAUACACACACACACAUACACACACACACACACACACUCACCCAUGAUCUUAUCACCCUUGGACAUCGUCUGGCUUGUGGCUUUUCAGCCCCCACUGUGACCGACCCCAAGCUUCCCCUCAAGCUAGUAGCUUGUGUCUCCACUUGCAACUUCCCUGCCCCCAACCCCUAACAGCCAGUUUUGACACUUCUGAACACCACCGUUACCCUCCGCAGGAGUACAUAGGCCUCUGCUGCUUGUCCGGUUUGACCAAAAGUUUGUUAGUUUGUAUGCCAUGGAUCCGCCCUCUCAGGUGUAAGGCGAAUUUUUGUUUUUCUGGGCGUUAGAUAUUCUUGUGUCCCAGGCGCUUUGAUUUCCUUGUCUGUCAUGGGUAGGCUCCUAACCUUAGCGGUUUUUUGACCACCUGGGUCCUGGAGAGCACUGCCACAUCCAGGCUCUCCCUUGGAAGUUAGGGUUAGAACUGUUACUCUUUCUCUGUCCACACUUGGCAGGUGACACUCAGGGCAGCCUUACUCAGGAGCCACAGAAAGCUAGUGGAGUCCUCCUUCUCCCCCCACCUUCUCUCCCAAGUUGCCCCAUGGGCCUUGAUCCAGAAAGCCACUUCAGAAAGGCUGUGAGGAAGGCACUGGGAGGCAUGUUGGUGGGAAGUAUGUGUCAGCCAAGCAGUUAGGGUUUAGGGUUUGGGGCCAUUUGUUUUGGGUAACUUUCUGCUGGGACUCUUCUAGCGUCAGAGGGAGGAAGGGGAUAUUUCCUCUUUGGACCAGAUACCUGGGAUUCAUCAUCUUUCCCCCCCUUUCUCCUCCAGCUAUACCCCUUUUGCACUCUUAAGCACUAUUUUGCAGUAGACAGUCAUUUCAAGGGCACAGCAAGGUUUACAUGAUGUGAGGGACUCUUGGGUGUUACAAGCGGUACAGAUGAGGUAAGUUACAGGUUUACAACAUUUUUUCCCAGUUAAUUUGGCACAGGCAGAAAACAACAGUCCUAGGCUCUUUUGGCUUUUGCAAACCCUCCUUUAAAUUUGGCCAGCACUGGAAAAGUUGGAUCCUUUCUGCUUGAACCUCAGCUUUACUUCCUUUGCCUUAGGUACCGGCUCUCAAACCUAUCAGGCGUCUUAAGCACCUGAAGGGAGGGUCUGUUGAACAGAUGGCCCCCACAGUUUCUGAUCAUAGGGCGGGGCCAGGGCUUGAAAAUUUGCACAUUUCGGACAAGUUUUUAGGUGUUUGUGCUGCUGGUUUGGGUUUCUCAAACUGAGCACCGCUGCCCUUGGCCAAUCUUCACAUAAGCGGUGCAGUGGUUUGGGCGAUCAAAAGACCUGUGUGUUUACCUUCUGCACUAGAAGCUAGUAAUAUGAUCUUGUGUGGAUAACUUAACCACUGAGUUCUUUCGUUUUUAAAAUUAAGAAUGUGAGCUUAAAAAAAAAACAAAAAACCUCCAAAUGCUAGUUAUCUUAUGCCAACUGGAAGAUGAAAUAUUGAUGAGUUUUUCCCUUGAUUUUCUUAAUUCUCUUGUUAGGAGCUUCCAUAUAGCUUGUAUCCAUAUUUAGGUUUUUGCUGUGAGUCGCUAGUGCGCUGAAGUCCUGCUAUACCUUAACUGCUUAUUAAAUUCUCUAAGGUCAGAGCCAGUGUUUUUCUCGUCUUUCUCUGCCCUGCACCUUGAGUUGUGUGGGAUGCACCAUUGAUGCUCAGUAGAUACUUGGAGAAUGGAUAACCCCAUCCCCUACUCUCUUUUCCCUUUGAAGAGGUUUCUCUCCACUAGUCCUGUGCCACAUAGUAAAGCAGUAUAUGGCUAUGCCACCUGAUUCGCCCGGGAGAUUGGGAUUAAUGUCAAUGCCAAAUUCCUGUAACUGUCCCUAUGAGUGGUUUAUUACUCAGAAGCCCCGGCACCCGUUGAUUCUGAAUUUUAGUGCAUCUGUAUCCAUGUUGGAGUAAGAGAAAUAGCUUAAUAAAAUUCAGCAGCUGUUUAUUGAGUACCUUUUCUGCCAAGCCUUUGACAAAGUGUUAGGCACUUGGAAUAUAAAAAGGAAUAAAGAGGUCCUUGCCCUCUGGGACAGGGCUCACAGCGGGGAGGUAAAGACACUAAACUGUGUCCACAGCAAGAAUGCCAUUCUGGGAUUCCUUCUACUUUGGACCUUCUACUUUGAUUUAAUCUUCGGUGGAAGCCUGCUACUCCUCCAGUUCCUCUGGUCUGGCAGGCGUGGGUCCCAUCUUUCACCAUCUCGUCAUAAGCAAGGGAGCCUUGGGCAAUGCCAGAAGGAAGUCCUCUAGAUACAAAGCAAAGGGUCUUUUGACAGAGUAUCAGUUACAAAACUAAAAGCAUAAUAACAUGAUUUUUGAAUUGACUGUUCUGAAUUACCCAUAUUUACUCCUCAGGCCAAAAGCCCUAUUUAUAAAAUAUAUUAUCCUGUUAUUUUUCAUUAAAUAAUGGUUCCUCUCACUGCCUGUGUGAUGGGCAUUGACCAUGUUUAUUAUAGGAAUGAAUUGGAUACAGCUAGUUUAACCCUGGCUGCCCCCCCUCAUCAGGGUGGGUGUCAGGUAUGAUGACUGCCCUUUUCCCACUUCAGAUUAGUUUGUGAUUUUUUUAUUUUUAGAUUUAUUUAUUUAUUUAUUUAUUUAUUUAUUUAUUUAUUUAUUUUUGAGAGAGGCAGAGACGGGGGGAGGGGUAGAGAGAGAGAAUCCCAAGCAGGCACUGCACUGUUAGUACAGAGCCUGUGGGGCUUGAACCCACAAAACGGAGAUGGUGACCUGAGCCAAAACCAAGAGUCAGAUGCUUAACUGACUGAGCCACCCAGGCGCCCUCGUGAUGUUCUGUUUUAAACCGAAGCAUAUAGAUUGACCUGCAUUAUUAAAGCCACUAACCACCUCUAGGUAACCCUUAAGGUUAAAAAGCCUCGGGGUGCCUGGGUGGCCCAGUCAGUUGAUCGUCUGACUUCGGCUCAGGUCAUGAUCUUGCAGUCCGUGAGUUCGAGCCCCGCGUCUGGCCCUGUGCUGACAGCUUGGAGCCUGGAGCCUGCUUUGAAUUCUGUGUCUCCCUCUCUCUCUACCCCUCUCCCACUUAUGUCCUGUCUCUCUCUCUCUCUCUCUCUCUCUCUCUUUCUCUCUCUCUGUGUCAAAAAUAAAUAAACAUUAAGAAAAAUUUAAAUAUAAAAACUUAGCUUCAUGGUGGAGGCUCACCACUGUCAUGAUGGCCAGCUCCUCAAUUGUGGACUCUUAAAAUCUGUUUUUGGCCUUUAGCCCAUCUGAACUCUCCAAUAAAUCCCUUUCACCAUCUUAGGCUAAUACUCUGUGGCCCACGUAUUCAAUAAAGAAGCCGUAUAUCCUCGUUCUUCUCCAAGCCCCUCUGUCACCAUCCGGAAGCACGAUGGUUUCUCAAAAGAUGACCCAGCUCUCUGCCCUUAGGUGGAGAAUCAUUCCCAUUUUCAGGAUGACGCAUCUUGAGGAGGUGGAACACAGAUCACCCACCUCCAAAGACAGAGCAGCCAGCGGCCCAACACUGCCCCUGGGCCUGUAGGAAACAUUUUCAUUAAAAAUAAAGUGAAUUGCUAUGGUAUUUAUAGCUAUAUUUUACAUUAUUUGUGUUUACAUCCAUCGACUCUCGAUGACAUGUUUCCACCCACUCUAUACCUUGAUCCUAACUAACCACAAGGUCUGUAGAAUUUCAGGGCAGAAGAUGUUCACAUCUUAGCUUCCACUGGUUUCCCUGUACCACCCACUGCCACUGACUUGUUUGGCUUUGUUUCUUCCUAUCUUCUCCUUCACUCCGACUCAUGCUGUAUCUUUGAAACCCAUUGCAGUAAGCUUUGAGCCACUUCUCUCCUUGCUACUCAGAUAUAUUAUGCUGAAGGAAAGAAAUAUUUAAAUGGCAAAAAUAUUAAAAAUUUUUAAUGUUUAUUUUUGAGAGCGAGAGAAACGGAACACAAGCAGGGGAGGGGCAGAGAUAGGGAGACACAGAAUCUGAAGCAGGCUCCAGGCUCUGAGCUGUCAGCACAGAGCCCGAUGCGGGGCUUGAACCCACAAACCGUGAGAUCAUGACCUGAGCCGAAGUCGGGCACUUAGCCAACUGAGCCACCCAGGCACCCCUAAAUGGCAAAAAUAUUUAAAAAGAAAUCGUUUUUAAACGUGGUUUGAAGCAUAUUGCUCACGAUGCAUUAGAAGGCCAAAAGUCCAUGAAUGCGUUCCCUUUCAUUACUUUGGCCUUCUGGGUUAAAUUUUCAAGGAACUUAGCAGGUGUAUUAACUGGGCUUGCCCCAAAUUGCCUCCUCCCAGUUACAGGGAGGAGACAGGACUGUGACAUUGGUAAGUAGAAGCACUGAUCAGUAGAGAACCUGUCUUUGAGUUUCCAUCCCAUCUGUGUUCCAAGGAUCUUAUUUAAUCUUAGCUUGUAAGUCUUUCAAAACAAGGACUCCUUAUAAUACUUUACUUUUUAUUUAUUUAUUUUUUUUGUUCGUUUAUUUUGGAGAGAGAGACAGCGCAAGUGGGGAAGGGGCAGAGAGAGAGGGAGACAACACAAUCUGAAGCAGGCUCCGGGCUCAGCUGUCAGCACAGAGCCCGACGCGGGGCUCGAACCCCCGAACCAUGAGAUCAUGAGCCAAGCUGAAGUCGGACGCUUAACCGACUGAGCCACCCAGGUGCCCCUAUAACACCUUACUUUUGAUAUAAUGGUCCCUUGGGAGAAACUCCUUGAGGUGCCCAGGCUGAGACGGGGGGGUAAUGACACUGUGAGCUCUAGAUGGUGUGAGACCCCUCCGCACCCCCAGAGCCGAACAAUGGCUACAGCCUUGGAACCAGAGGACCAGGAUCUUUGGGAAGAAGAGGGAAUCCUGAUGGUGAAAUUGGAAGACGAUUUCACCUGUAGGCCAGAGUCUGUCUUACAGAGAGAUGACCCUGUGCUUGAGACCUCACACCAGAACUUCCGGCGCUUCCGCUACCAGGAAGCAGCAAGCCCUCGAGAAGCUCUCAUUCGGCUGCGAGAACUUUGUCAUCAGUGGCUGAGGCCGGAAAGGCGGACGAAGGAGCAGAUCUUAGAGCUGCUUGUGCUGGAACAGUUCCUUACCGUCCUGCCCGGAGAACUACAGAGCUGGGUGCGGGGCCAGCGGCCAGAGAGUGGCGAGGAGGCCGUGACGCUGGUGGAGGGUUUGCAGAAACAACCCAGGAGACCAAGGCGGUGGGUGACUGUCCAUGUUCAUGGGCAGGAAGUCCUGUCAGAGGAGACGGUGCAUCCAGGAGCAGAGCCCGAAUCACCUAACGAGCUGCAGAACGCUGUGCAGACCUCAACUCCUGAGGAGUCCCACGAGGAAACCACGCAGAGCCCAGACCUGGGGCCACCGGAAGAGCCGAGCGUGUGCCACGAACUGGAAUUUCAGCCCCUGCAGCAGAGCGAGGUUCCAGUGCCACAGGGCCCAGACCUUCCUGAAGAGAGGAGCCCUGGAAACCCAGAGAUGGUUGCCUUUCUUACUGCUCUCUCACAGGGAUUGGUAACUUUCAAGGACGUGGCUGUGUGCUUCUCCCAGGACCAGUGGAGCGAUAUGGAUCCAACACAGAAAGAGUUCUAUGGAGAAUAUGUCUUGGAGGAAGACUGUGGAAUUGUGGUCUCUUUGUCGUUUCCAAUCCCCAGACUAGAUGAGAUCUCCCACGUUAGAGAGGAAGAGCCUUUGGUCCCAGAUAUCCCAGAGCCUCAAGAGCCUCAAGAGCCAGAAAUCCUGAGUUUUACCUACACAGGAGACAGGAGUGAAGACGAGGAAGAGUACCUUGAGCAAGAAGAUGUAAGUUUGGAGGAUAUACACAGAUCUAUUUUGGGAGAUCCAGAAAUCCACCAGACUCCAGACUGGGAAAUAGUCUUUGAGGAUGAUCCAAGUAGACCUAACGAGAGAAGCUUUGGUACAAAUACUUCUCAAGUCAAUAGUUUAUCGAAUCUUCGGGAAACCAUGCCUAUCUGCCCUCUGUUAGGGAGACACCACGACUGCCCUGUAUGUGGAAAAAGUUUCACUUGCAACUCCCACCUUGUUAGACACCUGAGAACUCACACGGGAGAGAAACCAUAUAAGUGUAUGGAGUGUGGGAAAAGUUACACGCGGAGCUCACAUCUUGCCAGGCACCAGAAGGUUCACAAAAUGGGCACUGCUUAUAAAUUUCCCCUAAACCGGAAGAAUUUGGAUGAGACCUCCCCUCUGGUCCAGCCUGAGAGAACUCCUCCCGUUGAGAAACCCUUUAGAUGUGACGAUUGCGGAAAACACUUCCGCUGGACUUCGGACCUUGUCCGGCAUCAGAGGACACACACGGGGGAAAAACCCUUCUUCUGUACUAUUUGUGGCAAGAGCUUCAGCCAGAAAUCCGUGCUGACGACACACCAAAGAAUCCACCUUGGGGGCAAACCCUACCUGUGUGGAGAGUGUGGAGAGGACUUCAGUGACCACAGGCGGUACCUGGCGCACCGGAAGACGCACGCGGCAGAGGAGCUCUACCUCUGUAGCGAGUGCGGGCGGUGCUUCAACCACAGCGCCGCGUUCGCCAAGCACCUCAGGGGACACGCCUCGGUGAGGCCCUGCCGGUGCAACGAAUGUGGGAAAAGCUUCAGUCGGAGGGACCACCUCGUCCGGCAUCAAAGAACACACACUGGCGAGAAACCAUUCACGUGCUCUACCUGCGGAAAGAGCUUCAGCAGGGGCUAUCACUUAAUCAGGCAUCAGAGGACCCACUCAGAAAAGACCUCCUAGCUCGGUUCCCGUGGGAGGAGAUGUGCAUUCAGCCCUUCCCCGGGGACGGGCUAGGAGAAGCCCUCUCGUCAGCUCAGGGAGACCUCUUCUAGGGAGUCUCCCUGACUUGCCCAGACCUCCAUCACCUCUUCCCACAGCUAAAUGAAAUCCCCCAGGCAGAACCUGUCAACCUUCUUCUACACCUGGAGGAGAGCUUUUGCCCAAAGUACAACCCGGGUGGAGGCUUCUCCUUGACUGGAGGCUCUUGCCUCUACCUCAUGGGUAUGAAGUAGGAGAUUUAGAAGACUUAAGAGGUCGUGGCUAUUCUGUUUUACCCAAAAUAGGCUGUUGCGUAUCCUAAAAGACUGCUUAACAGCCUCAAGUGUGAAGUUGCCCAGGACAACCCUUUAGGUUUGGCAAGGGACCAGCCUCUGGGAUUGUGUCCUAACUGGGCUCAAAUCUUAAAAGCACACAGCCCGGAACUCAAGGCAGGAGAUUUGCAUCCUGACGGCUUGGCCACACGCUCACGGGAUGACCGUUCAAAUAUCUCACUGGUUCACUCCUUCACCAUGCACUUUCCUUCGAUCCUGGGGAGAGCGGGGAGAAGUGUCUGAUGGGGGAAAACCUUGAGGCUGUUCCACGUGGACCUUGUCAGGCUGCUCCCUUCCCCAGUGCCAAAACGGUGCCAGGUGCCAGACCCUGCUAGAAAGGAGGACCUAGUCAGAAGCCUCUUUCCCUGUGGGGUGUUUUCCUGUUAGGAUUCUCAUGCCCAGCCUUACCUACUGUUCUACCAGCCUCGGUCUUGCCCCCAGCACUUCUGCUACAAGUGAGGUGUAACAGUUGGGUGCUGGGGGAUUCAGUAAAGCGUAAUGAAAUCAUGAAAUCAUUUACAUUCCCACCCGUGUACAAGCCCACGCAUCCUGCCCGCUCUGCGUGGGUUUGUGAAGGGAUUUUGGAACAGUUGUCAGCUUACAUAGAUAUUACAAUAAUUCUAGAAUCAUGGUUGACUGGGUCACUUCAUUUACAUGAAGAAAACAAGAAGAUUGAGACCAAAUUAUGGGGGGAGAAAAGUUUUUUUAAAGCUGUUGCUGUUGGCUAAGGCCACCAAGACUAUUCUGACACCCAGCCCCUACUAUCCCUGCCUUGGUUCUCUGAUAUCAGGGAAAAUUAUGAACCCCAGCACCUGGGACCCUGAAGAAUUUGCCAGGAGUAAAUGGCUUUCAUGUA